AUGGAGGAUUGGAUGCAGAAGUCGAGCAGGUACGAAAGCAUCGCCAAGGAGAUGCUGACGCAGGAUUACAAUACAGCAAGUGUCACCCUCAGCCGUGAGGUGAGGGAUCCCCAAGACCUCCAAGAGUUUUACGACUGGAUAUGGGCCAAGAGUUUGACAAGACGCCUGGAAGUAUUGACAGCUGAGGAGUUCGUUCGACAGGUCGAUUCGAUGAGCUUUCACAGCAUCAAAGCUCGCGAGAAGCUGAGCGAUCCAAUGGAUACUAUCGUAAUCCCGAUCGGAUUCGACGGUCCCUUUAUUUACCGUCUUGUCACAUUUGUUUCGCAUCUCAUGUCCCAUCUAUGGGGGGAUGUUACGGCCGAGCAGGCUCGUCUUUCAGAAUCACUGAUGGGGCCAGGUUUUCUCGGAGUGAACUUGACCGUCAACCCACGCGAAUCUUCAUAUGACGAACCAGGCAAUCUGUCCGAGACAUCGACACGAUCGGUCGAGAGCGCCGACGCCAGCGCCGAUGAGCCUGGCUUUCCGUUCAUCCAGCUCGGGGACCUCGAAUACGGCGAGCGCGAAAAUGGCCGGCAGGGUCCCUGGGAGGACGGUGACGAGAAACAAUUAUCCAAAUUAUGGGCGGAAAAUUCGUACGGUUGGCGUGAGACCGGUUACGGGCUAGUGGCGAGGCUGAACCCGUCUGGGUAUGCCGAUGGCAUCUACAUUAUGAUGUAUGAUAUAGAUGGGAAGAUCCUCUUGAAGUACGCCAACUACCCCGACGACUACGACGACUGGGACAAGGAGGUGACGGUCAUCACGCACAGCUCCCGGUGUCUCCCAAUCACUUCACACCACGGUCACGGGGGGCGGGGGCGGUUCUGGUUUGCAAAGCUUGCGCCGAACCUCUCGAGCUGCGGAAAAGACUACCAGAUAGUCUUGACAGAGAAAACCGAGCACCCAGUCGAGCUGGUCCGGGCGAAGCGUUCAGAAGACGGUCGGAUUGUGCGGAACACAAGUGACAAAAAGAUCUGGCCGUCCGCUACGAGAGAGGAGAGCAGCACGGAGGAGAGCAGCACAUAG